UUUUCCUCCUCUAACUAAAUUACAUUUUCUUCGGAAAAAUGUCCAAUUUUAAAGAGAUUUUUAAAAUAAAAUAAAAUAAAAUAGGAAAUAAAAGCUUUACAUAAAUUUUACUGUUUUAGUUGGAAACCUUUUAGUACUGAGAAUUUCCCCCAAAGAGUACGGUAUUCAUCUCAUCGGACACACAUUCCCCCUUUUUUUGAUCAAAUUCUCUGCAAUUUCUCGAAAUCUGCUAAUUUUGGGAAGCUCAGAAAUAAUCUCUGAUGAAGAAUCUCCGAGAGGGGAAGAAUGGUGGAGCAUCUAAAGGUUCCCAAUCUUCAGCAGGGAAAGAACCAGUCUACAGUAAAGUUUUUCUUUUUUUUUUGUUUUGAUUUUAUUUUCCGAGCCUUGUGUAAAUUAUUUUUUCUAAAUUGGUCAAAAUUGGGUUAGCUCUGAUCGUCUUGUUGGGUUUUUGGAAUUUUUUUUUGGGUUCUAUUUUAGUUAAGAGUUUGAUGAUUGUUUGUUAGUUUCCUUCUUGGUCUUCUUAUAUGUAAGUUUGUAGUUUGGGGGUUUUAGGUUGGUGUUUUAAUCUGCCUUAAAGCUGUGAUCUUUUCAACUAUAGAAGCAUUUUACUGGUGUUUAAGUGUUGAUCGUGAUCUUUGAAUGCUGAUCCUGUUUCUCGAUGAUUAGUUUUGGGUUUGGACAGAGUUUUGUUGUUGGAAUCCUUAAUUUUUUAUAAUCAUUUUUCCCCCCCUUGGUGUGUAAUGGUAGAGGCGAUUCAGCAUUGGAAAACUGUGUCCUGGUGUUUGCUAUAAAUGACAAUGUGACUAGUUUCUUUAUCCCUUUCCUUUUUUUUGACAUUUUGCUGAUUAUCCUCCUCUGUUGGUCUCGUAUAUGAUGGUUCCUGUAGAAGCGAUGAAGAAGCUGACAAUUGAGGACCGUACCAUCGAUGAUAAGAGGGGCACGGUGAAUGAGGUUGAGUAUCCGGAUCGCCCUGGUGAACCUGUUUGUUUAUAUUUCAUGCAGAAUGGAACCUGUUCUUAUGGAAGAAGAUGCCGGUUUAAUCAUCCAACUAAUGUUGAAAAGUGGAUUCAAGAUACUGAUGAACUCCCAGAAAGAGAUGGGCAGCCUGAAUGCAAGUUUUUCGUAAAGACAGGUACCUGUAAAUUUGGGUCAUCUUGUAGAUAUCAUCAUCCACAGUACAGAUAUUUCAUGUUGAAUACUUUGGGGCUACCCAUGCGGCAGGGAGAACCGCUGUGUGAUUAUUAUAUGCGCAAUGGUACAUGUAAAUUUGGAGCUCUGUGCAAGUUUGACCAUCCACAACCUUUCUCUACUGGGAAUAGCUUCCUUCCUACACAUGUUCCCUAUGGAUCCAAUGCCAUAUCUCUUUUGCCGUCCUCUGGUACACCUUAUGUUGGUGGGGUUGUGGAUAUUUCGACAUCAAAUACCACAUUUGUGUCUAAUCCUUCCUUGCAAGUUCCCCAGAAUCAUGUGCCUGUUGUUCCGCCUUCUCAAGUUUGGAGCCGAUACAUGGGAACCAUGGGUCAGUCUUCAGCUACAGCUAUUGUUGCCAAUCCAACUUCCAACAGUCAGGUGCAUGUUUCCCCCUCAGUUUUUAAUCUUCCUGACCGACCUGACCGACCUGAAUGCCGUGACUUUGUAAAUACUGGGAACUGUCGUUAUGGGGCAGACUGCAAAUAUCAUCACCCUCGGACUUUACCAAGUUCUCUUGGCCUACUUGGGCUACCAUCUCGACCUGUGAGUAGAUUAUCACCUUCCUAAACUUGCAAUGUCCUUUAUAGGGGUCUUCAUGCAUGGUUAUUACAUCGGGAUAAAGAAAGAAGCAUAAGGCAGAUUGAUGGAAUUAUUACCGUUGAUUAUCGGAAACUCAUAAACAACCAUUUUGUUUUUUUUGUUUGGUCUUAGUUUCAACAUGUUUAGUGGAAAUAUAAAACGCUAUCUCGGGAAUCUUAAAAUUUGUAAUGAAAAGUGAAAAUGAAACUAAAAAAAAUUUCAAAUUCUUUCCUUUGCAAUCCUUAAAGUUGGCAAGCAAAUGGGUAUUUAUGGCUUUUGUCUCUUUAUAGUUAGAAGAAUAAAUAAUAAUGUGAUUCUUGCCCUGUCUCCAUAAAGGAAGAAGAAGCCAAGACUAACUCAUUUAGUAGAGCUAAAGAUUUAUAGCGGAAGUUAGUACCUGUUUAUGUGCAUUCAACUGAAAUAAAAAUAAGGAUGCUUUCAGUUUCAAGAACCUCAUGUUACCUUUUCCAAAAAAAAAAAAAAAAAUGAACCUCAUGUACCUGUCUGUAGUAGAUGAAUAUUUCAGCUGUAGUAUCUGUCGGCAUUCCCUGUUCUUGUUUCAGAAGUGGUUCUCUGUUCAGUUGUUUCAUAUUCUUACUGCUCUUAAUUUUGGCGGAGUAAUGAUAAAAUUGAUGACUCUAUGAUGAUGGAAGCACUUGAUCCUUUGUAUAUUCAUGAGAAUGUCCUGCAUACAUUACUCAUGUCAUCUCCCUUCUGUGGAAUCAACCAAUUCAUUUUCAAUCUGCAACAUUAGCUUUUGAAAAUACCUGAGCAAAAGGAGAAAUGAAGAUUUAUAUCCUCCCAUGAUUCUUAGGAAGAGGAAGAGGAAGAUAUGAUCUUUUUUCUCCUGAUUGACCCAGAGAUCAUAUGGUGUUCUGUUGCCAUCAGUCCUUGAUUAUGUGCUCUCUUAUACAGGGGCAACCUAUAUGUGCCUAUUAUGCUCAAUACGGAUUAUGCAGAUAUGGUCCAACCUGUCAGUUUGAUCACCCUUGGCCUGGAUAUUUCUAUCUUUACAAUUUUGGCAUGCCAUCUCCAUUGCCUGGUAUACCUACUGCACCAUAUCAGUGGAGUUCGCCGAUGGUUCUUCUUGCAGCUGAGACAGAUCCUCCGAAAUCAUCUAAACAUGCUGAGCCACUAAAGAAGGCACAAAGUUCAGUCUCUAAAAAAGUUCAACAUGUGCAUCCCAACACCCUACCUAGUUCAUCGGUAUCAAGAGAAGUUUCACGAGAUAGAUCUGACUGAGGUAUCAUUUAUUUAUCGUCGUCAUCCAGUUUUUUGUUUUGGAGUUGACAUCCGUUUAAAGAUCACAGAUAAGGAAAAGCAGAAGAGUAGCGGACUGUUCUAGCUUCAACUUGGAGGCUGCAGCAAAUGUCAAGUGAAUUUCACCACAAUUUACUCUUGAAGUAGGAGAUUAGUGCAGGAUUUUAUAUCUCUAUCUUUUUGGGAAGUUAUGAAUGAAACUAGGGAAAAGAUUUAUUCAGGAUCUCCAGGAUCUUGAAGAAUUCCAUUUUUGUUGAGGCUAAAUAUUACCUAUUCAUGUGGUGAAAUUUGAAAUCUGAAACUUUCUCAUGUUUCCUCUUUUUGGUACUAUGUAAAUCGUAAUUUGCGCUUGAGUCAUAGAUGAAUGUGUUAAAUAUGCCUGAAAAUUUUCCUCAAUAUUGAU